UACUUGAAACAUACUCAGAAAGAGAGAAAGGGGUAUUAUAAAGGAGCGAGAAGGUAGUUGCUACGUCUCUCAAUUGGUAACCAUUUAAUUUAUAAUUAGGGUCUUGCAGCUAAUUUAUUUAGUUGAUUCAUAAACUUCAAGAUUACAUUUCCUUCAGGUACAUCCCCACAUAAUUUCUGUACAAUAUUUCAUCUUAUCCACCAAAGUAUAUUUACUUGCAUACAAAGAAAAUUAAAUGAAUGUGUUGGCAUUGCAACAUAGAGAACGUGUCAAGAAAAGAGAAACGAAGAAGCAGAGAGAAGCCAGCACGAAAGUCCCGGAAAGGGACACGUCGAACCUGCCUCACCUUAUAUACGAUGUCUCAUGUCCCCUCGUGAUGCCUGAAACCCUAAAAAUGGCAAAGAACAAGGACGACAUAAAGUACGCAACGGCUCAAGCGAAGCUAUCGGAAGACGAACCUAUCCGUGUAAGUUACAAACACGGGACACCAUUAGAAGGAGGCAAGAUCGCAGAGUCGGAGCCUGUAGAGCUGUUCUCGAGCGCUCAACGUAUCGAGAAGGGGAAAGAUCAUUCAGCAUCAGGCGAUCAAACACAGAUGCAACGUGACAUCUUUGAUAUAAAGGGAACACGCACGGACGAUAGUCCCCGUUGAAUUCACAGUUAGAGUUGGUAUCGGGUUUAAUUUGUUCGAUAUAUGUAGGCAACUAUAGCUAUCAAAAUAAGACAGACUGGAUGCAUGUUCUAAGAGCUAACGAUAACUACAAUCUCUACACUCAAAUAAACACAACAUAUAUAUAACAGACUGAAGUAAUGAAAUACUCAAAAACAAAUAUCUGUUUUGCCAGAAAUGCAUCUAGUAGAUAAAGGAGUGAACCAAAUUCUGAAUACAGACUCGGAUGAUUGUUCAAGAUUAAAUGCAAAAAGUCACAAAAGGUUCAAAAACUGAUUCAAGAAGGCAAGAAACUAGAAAUAAGA